GUAAGUUAAAAUCCUGAAUUAUGUCUUUGGAGUACAUAACAAAGCAACAAGAGACAAAUUACAAUGUAAUCACUAUCGACCAUUCUAAAUACAACCACCAAAUUCCACGGCCCCUUUUUCUCCUUAGGCACGAAAAGGCAAAUGAAAAAAAGAAUUGGGGGGGGGGGGGGGGGAUAGAAAUUAGAAAAAAGGGUAUAAAAGAAAAGAAAAAUUAAAAGAACUCUCAGUUUGUCCACAAUGCUUGGAGCAACUUCAUCUUAGACGUGCCUUCACAUUUCUCCUCCCUUCAUUUGAAAGGGAGAAAGUUGACUUUAAGAAAUAAGGUGCUGCUGGUCGCUUUAUUAGUAAGUAAGCUUGUUUAUCUCCUCAAUAAUAGCGAAAGAUCACUCCUAAAAGCAAGCGCUCUCUUAUAGUAUGUUACGUCCCGUAUUUUUAUACAUUGGGACAACCCGGAUUAACUAUGAUAAAUUAAGGCCAAGACUAUUCCGGGAUUUGAAAUCGGGACUUUUGACCUUUGAUUUUAUUUUGAGACAUAAGUUGUGUAUGAAAUUGUUAGCUUGAACACUUAGGAAAAAUUGGGACCAUAAUUCAUAAAUUUGGAAAUUAAAACUCUUGCAAAAAAAAAAAAAAAAGAAGAAAGAAGAUGUGUGGAUUGAAGUGGUCCCCACACAUUGUUGUGGCCAAUUUUAAUUGGUCCAACACAUGUGUGGGCCCAAAGACAAUAAGAGAUAUUUUAAGGGGACUUAAAAGAUGACCACUUAGUCAUCUUUCUCUCAUUUCACAUUCCCACACUUAGAAAAUAAAGCAAGAAGUUGAGGAACCAAAACCAUGGCUCACGGCCAAGACCAUGGAAAACCAAAUCCAAAUCAAGCCCCUCUAAAAAUAUUUCUUGGGUACAAAUCAACUAAUUAGAGGUCCCUAAGUAACUUGGAAGCAUUGUUGGAGUGAUCAAGUCUUUCAUUUAAGAGAUUUGCAAACCCUAGCCUAUUGGUGGAUUGAAGAAGAAAGGUACAGACGCACAGCCUGGUGAUCCACCUGUUUAGGACACCCUUUCUGCUAUUCGGAGUGCUCCUCUCUUUCCGGAGCUUAUACUUUUGUGAUGCCUCCGAAAAAGGCGACGGCCGCCCAGAAGAAAAAGGGCGUAGUAGGAGAGACCAGCCGGGCUCAGAAGGGUACUCGGACCCUUGCUCAGAUGAUGCGUGAUAUUACGUCCCGGCCAGCCGACUCUGCUACGUCUUCAUCGUCAGAGGAGUCUGGAGCAGCUUCACCAUUAGCUCCAGGGGCUUCAGCUCCCGCGCCUCCAGCUCCUCAGCCAGGGGCGGAGGACAGGACACUGAGAGAGGCUGUGCAGUUAUUGACCACUCUGGUAGCGGGACAGGCUCGCAGACGCGGGCGGAGAGAUGAUGAUGAUGACGAUAGGCGUGACAGCCUGAGGGUUCGAGAGUUUCUAUUAUGUGGCCCUCCAGAGUUUUACGGGUCUAAGCCCGACGAGGACCCCCAUGACUUUAUUCGGGGGAUGCGGCGCUCACUAGAUUUGGUCAGGGCUUCAGAGACUGAGUCUGUUGAGUUGGCUUCGCAUAGACUACGGGAUGUCGCUGCUCACUGGUAUGAGUCCUGGGAGCUAUCUAGGGGUGAGGGUGCUUCCCCAGCUACUUGGGACGAGUUCGUGGCUGCUUUUACCCGCCACUUUUUGCCCCCUGAGUUACGGCGGGCGCGGGUUGACCGAUUUUUACAUCUGCAGCAGAGGGGUCGGAGUGUUCGUGAGUAUAAUAUGGAGUUUGAUUCUCUGGCCCGGUACGCACCUACCAUAGUAGCAGAUAUGGCCGAUCGGAUGCACAGAUACGUGAUGGGGUUAGACCGCUACUUGAUUGAUGGCUGUAUGGCGGUGGCAUUGCAGACAUACAUGGAUAUUGCCCGACUACAGGCUUAUGCUCUGGGUAUGGAGGACCGACAUAGAGCUGAUUAUUCCAGCAGAGAUCGGGACAGGAGGCCGCCCAAGAGGGCCAGGUCCGCUGGGUAUUCUGGGGAGCCUCAAGGCGGGCAGCCUCAACAGUAUGUUAGACAGUCUUCUCAGCCAGCGCAGAGUGCGCCCCCGCAGCCUACCGGAGAGGGAUUUGAUAGUGCCAGAUACUCAGGAGCAGGCCAGAGCUCCAGAGCUCCAGGUUCACAGGUGAGCCGAGGUUCCAGCCAGGCGAGGCCACCUAUGCCUCGGUGUUCGUAUUGUGGGAGAUCUCAUCCAGGAGAGUGCUACCGAGCUACGGGAGCCUGUUUUUCUUGCGGCCGUCAGGGCCAUAUGAUGCGUGAUUGUCCAAUGGCAAGUGGUUCUGGUAGUACAGUUCAGCCGACGGGAUCAGCCGCGGGUUCAUCUUCUACUCCCUCAGCCAUGCGCCCUGCGGGAUGAGGUAUGCCGGUACAGGCGGGUCGCGGUCGAGGCCGUGGCGGUGCUUCAGGUUCUAGCGGUCCCUCGAACCGCAUAUAUGCGUUGGCCAGCCGACAGGACCAGGAGGCGCCACCAGGUGUGGUUACAGGUGAUUUGAAUUUUUAAAUUCGUUACAUUGUUUGGUAAGAAAUUGAUAUAUGCUAUUCAAAAAGAAACUCCCCCGAAUUUGAGUAAGAUCCGUAGCAUUAAAUCCAACAUUCGAGGACGAAUGUUUUUAAGGGGGGGAGGAUGUUACGUCCCGUAUUUUUAUACAUUGGGACAACCCGGAUUAACUAUGAUAAAUUAAGGCCAAGACUAUUCCGGGAUUUGAAAUCGGGACUUUUGACCUUUGAUUUUAUUUUGAGACAUAAGUUGUGUAUGAAAUUGUUAGCUUGAACACUUAGGAAAAAUUGGGACCAUAAUUCAUAAAUUUGGAAAUUAAAACUCUUGCAAAAAAAAAAAAAAAGAAGAAAGAAGAUGUGUGGAUUGAAGUGGUCCCCACACAUUGUUGUGGCCAAUUUUAAUUGGUCCAACACAUGUGUGGGCCCAAAGACAAUAAGAGAUAUUUUAAGGGGACUUAAAAGAUGACCACUUAGUCAUCUUUCUCUCAUUUCACAUUCCCACACUUAGAAAAUAAAGCAAGAAGUUGAGGAACCAAAACCAUGGCUCACGGCCAAGACCAUGGAAAACCAAAUCCAAAUCAAGCCCCUCUAAAAAUAUUUCUUGGGUACAAAUCAACUAAUUAGAGGUCCCUAAGUAACUUGGAAGCAUUGUUGGAGUGAUCAAGUCUUUCAUUUAAGAGAUUUGCAAACCCUAGCCUAUUGGUGGAUUGAAGAAGAAAGGUGAGAUCUAAUCUUGUUUUUGAGUUAUAAAUGUUGUAUGCAUAUUAUAGUAUGUCAAUAUGGAUGAAAAAUCAUGAAAUGUAGUAUGUUGGAAGUUGGGUCGUGUAUGGUGUGUGAAGUUGUGUAAAUGGGUGUUGUGACUAAGUGAAGAAUUAACUCUAUUUAGUAUGUUGAUUGUUGUAGGGUGAAGAAAUGAAUGAGAACUAUCGAUGUAUGUAUAUAGGUGGGUAUGUAGCCGUGUAUAUGGCCUCCAAUUUGUAGCAAAGAAUGAAUUAAUAUCGCUUAGCGUCGAAAUGGUUGUUGUGAUGACUUUUGUGUUGGAAAUGAGAGUUAAAUACCCGAAAUUGAUAUGGUAAAU